GGGAGAAACAGAAAAAGAAAAAGAGUGAGCGUGCGGACACGACAUUAGUGAUUAGACAAAAAGGUUGCACGUUAGAACGACGGCCGAUGGUCGGCUGGUCAUUCUCCACUCUUUAUUUAUCCCUUCGAACCCAAGACACUCCCCCUUUACUAGUUCCCACUUCAAUUCUCUCUCUCUCUCUCUCUCUCUCUCUCUCUCUCUCUCUCAACCUGAUGAUGAGGACCUUGUGCCCAAACGUAGACAACGAAGAUGCUCUUGAAACAGUGCUCGAAGUUCCGAUACCGGAGGAAACCUUCGAUGAUAGCAAGAUCAACCACAACACCAACUCUUGGAAAACCUUGAAAUCGUGGAUGAAACCUCAUUCCACCGAUCAAAGACGCCAAUUUUCUGACUACGGUGGUCGGAACGCUGAAAUUCAGCUCUUGCUCGGAGUCGUCGGAGCUCCCCUCGUCCCUCUUCCCAUCUCUUCUGGCCACCCCAACAUUAUCAAUCCAGAUAACCCCAUCGAGGCUUCAAUGGCUAAAUACAUCGUGCAACAAUAUGUAGCUGCGGCGGGAGGAGAAAGGGCGUUGAAUUUAGUUCAAAACAUGUACGCCGUAGGGACGGUGAAGAUGGUGGCGUCAGAGUGCAUCGCCGAAGACGGAGUAACUAUGAACUGCGGUGGUGGUAAGGCGAUGAAGGCCAAAAACAUUAAAAACGGCGGCGGUGAGAUGGGUGGGUUUGUGUUAUGGCAAAAAAGACCGGACCUUUGGUCUCUAGAACUGGUUCUUUCCGGCUACAAAAUCAGCGCCGGCAGCGACGGGAAGGUGGCGUGGCGACAGACACCGUGGCACCAUUCUCAUGCAUCUAGAGGCCCCCCCAGACCUCUUCGUCGUUCCUUACAGGGUCUUGACCCAAAGUCAACCGCAAAUUUGUUCAACAAUUCGAUUUGCAUAGGGGAGAAGACAAUCAAUGGGGAAGAUUGCUUUGUGUUAAAGCUGGAAGCCGAGCUUUCGACUCUAAAAAUACGAAGCAGUACAAACGUAGAGAUCAUGAAGCACACAAUUUGGGGGUAUUUUAGUCAAAAAACAGGUCUUUUAUACCAACUUAAAGAUUCACAUCUCAUAAGAAUAAACACACCUGGAAGUGAUAGUGUGUUUUGGGAGACAACCAUGGAGUCACUAAUCCAAGACUACCGGACCAUCGAUGGAGUCAACAUAGCUCACGGUGGUCAAACCACGGUUUCAUUGUUUAGAUUUGGUGAGGACUCUGAAAGCCAUUCACAGACAAAAAUGGAGGAGAUUUGGACGAUUGAGGAGGUGGAUUUCAACAUAAAGGGUCUUUCAAAUGACUGUUUCUUGCCACCAAGUGACUUGAAGAAGGAGGAUGAUAAGCAAAUUGUUCAUGAUGCCACGAGUGGUGACAAAUUUAUUGGAAGCACCAAGUUUGCCUCCAGGAGCCGAGGAAAUUCGUCUAGGUUUGGUGUUCAUAAGAUUGUGGCGAUUGAUUCCGAUGGUUUUGGGGACUUGUGACAUUGUUGUUGUUUGAUUAUAUCAUGUUUUGUACAUAUUUUAUUGUACAAGUUGUAUAAUAUUUAUAGAUAGUGAAUCGUUUGAGCUUGUGCUCUUAGACGAUCUUAUAUAGGAUGUUAGUCGGAUUCUUUACUAAAAGUUUAUUUACCUAAAUGAUAUGUUUAUUUUUGUUGUGCCAUAA